AUGUUUUGGCCAUUUACAAUUCUAAUUACAAAUUUCCCUUGCGUCCAGUCCCAUGUCAAAUCACUGCAGGGAACUGUUAAUAGUCAGGUCUUAAGUUCGGCCCCUAUUGUUGCAACAGCUCCCGUUGCCACAACAGCUCCAGUCGCCACAACAGCUCCAGUUGUUCCAGUUGCGGCAGCGGUUCCAGUUGCCACAGCAGCUCCAGUUGCCACAAUAGCUCCAGAUGCCACCACAGAUUAUACUGCUACAUCUAUCCCUCCGUCAGGAAGAGUACGCGCUAAUGGGACCAAUCAGCGAAAUGGUGGUAAGGCCAAAUCUAAGACUAACACAGGAGCUAAUCGUAGAAUGGCUUCUAAACCUAUCCCACGUCAGUCAACAAGUAAUGAACGCUUAACCCAAAGCCAACAAUAGGACACAUUGGUCGCAGGCUUUUGGAAUGUUAGAGGAUUUCCAACACAGCCCUAUAGUGAUAAGUACCAGACCUUGUGUGCCAUGAUUCGCUUUAACUCAUUUGACAUACUUGGAAUAGCCGAGACUCACUUAAUGAAUAAUGAUGUUAUUUCAGUUCCUGGUAUGACAUGGUUUGGGAACAAUAGAUCUAAGCAUAUAAGAGCCAGAAUAGGCUCUGGUGGUGUUGGUUUCUUAGUGCGAAAUUCUUUGAUGAAUCAUUACGAAAUAAGUAUUUUGAAUAGUGAUAUUGAAG